GUUCAAGCUAAUUUGUCAGCUAAAUCUCGAGAGAUCUGGUUCGUUUUUUCGGGGAUGGGAUCACAAUGGAUUGGAAUGGGUGAAUCGCUAAUGAAAAUACCAAUCUUUGCCAAAGCAAUAAAAAAAUGUGAUGAAGUUUUAAGACCUCGAGGUUACGAUAUUCUGCAUAUUAUAUGCGAUAAAAAUCCAACAAUAUACGAUAAUAUUAUAAACUGCUUUCUGGGAAUAGCAGCAAUACAAAUCGGUCUGGUGGAUACUCUAUACGCUGUUGGCGUUAAACCGAAUUACAUGAUCGGGCAUUCCGUUGGUGAGCUBGGUUGUUCUUACGCAGAUGGUUGCUUUACUGCUGAGGAAAUGAUUUUAAGCUCUCUUUCUCGUGGUUUGGCUUCAGUAGAAAGUGAUUUGAUACACGGAACGAUGGCUGCAGUUGGUCUUGGCUACAAGCAGAUUAAAGAUCUUAUACCCGAAGACAUUGACGUUGCAUGUCACAACGGAUCAGAAAGCUCUACGAUAAGUGGACCUACCGAAUCUAUAAAUUCUUUUUUGAAAGAAUUACAGAAAAAAGGAAUAUUUGCUAAAACCGUGCCAACUGGUAACAUUGCUUAUCAUAGUCGGUACAUUUCUCCAGCUGGUCCAAAGUUGUUAGAAUACCUUAAAAAAGUCAUCCCUCAACCAAAAUAUCGCAGUAAACGUUGGGUUCAGGAAAAUUUGAAGUAAAAACCAAUGAUGAAAUUAUGGUAGCUUGUGGAACUAUUCGCUUAGCAG